CUUUGGGGGUGCCUUAGCCCCCCCCCCUUUCCCAGCUACAGGAAAGCUUCUCCUCCAUGGCUGGAGCAAAGAAGAGAAGUUGGUGGUUUGGGUGGAGGUGGCCAAGCUCCUGUAGGUGGUCAUUGCCCAAGGUAUGGCCCAAGGCAAGUGUUGGAUGCUUGCUGGGGCUGCCAGUUACUUAGAGUAGCACCCAGUCAUGGAUCCUAGGGCAGCACAGCCACCCUUGAUUGAGCUGUGGUGGGGGGGAGUCCCUCUGUGACUUCCAGUGGGAGCUCAUGGAUAGAGUAAGGAUGGGGAGGACAUCUGGUGGCUUGUAUGAUGGUGAAGAAAAGGGCCAAGGCUCACACCCCAUGCCAAAAUCUGUCUGCUGGAGGGGCACAGUGGGUUGAGGUGGAUCAGGAGCAAGGAUUGGAUGAAAGCUGGACUUCAGUAGGGAGCAGAAUGUGAGAAGUGGGGUGCAGAUCUGCUAAGGCAGCACCUUGGAGAAGCAGGAUGAGCCCUGAAUGUGAGGGGCCAGGCCAGACCCUGGGGUUCAGGGUGUCAAUUGUUUGCUGCCAGGUAACCAAAAGUCGAGGAGCAGUGGGAAACAUCCGUGGAGAGGCAUGGGACUUGUUAGCUUUUGCCUGGAGGAGCAGUCCUGCCAUGUGCCCUGGCUGCUCCCUGGGUGGCUGUGACUCCAGCGGUGACUGGGGGAUGAAUUACGGCCACCGGGUUUUCCAUGCCUUAGUAUAGGCAUGGGCAUGGCCUCAGCCCCCGCGCGAUGGAGCGAGUGAGCCCUGAGUUCCUGGCUUACUGCAAGAUCCAGUUGGAGGCUCUCGGGGAGUGCAAGUCAGGCUAGAAAGUGUUGGGUUUUUUUUAAAAACAGAAAAAAGAAAAAAGCCCUCCCACCAUCACAAGAUGUUUCUGUCUAACGGCUCCGUUCUCUCUCCGCUAAAUACAAAUUAUGGCUCUGACAGCCGGAGGCGCUUAUCUCCAGCUGAAUGCCAAUUGCUUUCAGGAACAAAAUGUUUGAAGUUCCUUUAAGGUGAAGGCACAGUGUGGUCCCUGCCACUGCUUUCAGCCUCCAAAACCUGCUGUCAUCACCCUGACUUGGGUCUCAGGUCCCCAGCUGGGAGAGAGGCAGGCAAGGGGGUGGACACAGGCCGGCAGCUACAUUUGGACAUAGCUCAGCCCUCCUGACUCAGCCGGGGGGACGGACAGGGACGUGGUCCUGGCCUGACGUUAGCAGUGGCGUGGCCCCUAUAAUAGCACCGUGCCCCAACUUGAGCUCUCUCUCCCCUGUCAGCCUCAGAGAUGAGUCUGUCCAUCCCAGCCUUGGGGCUCAGCGGGAUAAAACCAGAGCUGGGAUACAUUCUGGCACUGGGGCUCUGACCUCUGUUGGGAAGCGUGGACUUGAGCUGGCUCUGGUGCUGCUGGCCCGUGAGACACAGGGAGCAUCGACUCCGUGAUAAGAAUAAGUACUCGGCUCCCGGCAGCGUUGCCGUCAUGGGGAAGGACUAUUACAAGAUUUUGGGCAUCCAGAGCGGCGCCAAUGAAGAUGAAAUCAAGAAAGCCUAUCGGAAAAUGGCCCUGAAAUAUCACCCCGACAAAAAUAAAGACCCCAGUGCUGAGGAGAAGUUCAAGGAGAUUGCAGAAGCUUAUGAUGUCCUGAGUGACCCCAAGAAACGAGCCGUGUAUGACCAGUAUGGGGAGGAAGGUCUCAAAACUGGAGGUGGCUCUUCAGGUGGCUCAGGGAACACCUUCCACUACACCUUCCAUGGAGACCCUCAUGCCACCUUUGCAUCCUUCUUUGGAGGCUCCAACCCUUUCGACAUCUUCUUCGCCAGCAGCCGCUCCCGGAUGUUCAAUGGCUUUGACCAGGAAGACAUGGAUAUGGAUGAUGACGACGACCCUUUCAGUGCCUUCGGCCGGUUUGGCUUCAAUGGCAUCAAUGGGGUUCACCGGCGGCACCAGGAGUCCCUGCACACACGGAGGAAGGUCCAGGACCCACCUGUGAUCCACGAGCUCAAGGUGUCCCUGGAAGAGAUCUACCAUGGAUCCACCAAGAGGAUGAAGAUCACUCGCAGAAGGCUCAACGCAGAUGGCCGGACCAUGCGGACUGAGGACAAGAUCCUAAACAUUGUCAUCAAACGGGGUUGGAAGGAGGGCACCAAAAUCACAUUCCCCAAAGAAGGGGAUGCCACUCCAGACAACAUCCCUGCAGACAUCGUCUUCAUCCUCAAGGACAAGCCUCACUCGCACUUCAAGAGGGAUGGGACGAACGUGAUCUACACGGCGAACAUCAGUCUUAAAGAGGCCUUGUGCGGCUGCACCGUGAACAUUCCCACCAUUGAUGGACGGGUGAUCCCGCUUCCCUGCAAUGACAUCAUCAAGCCAGGGACAGUGAAGAGACUACGUGGGGAGGGGCUGCCCUUCCCCAAGGCCCCCAGCCAGCGAGGAGACUUGAUCGUGGAGUUCAAAAUCCGCUUCCCGGACAGAAUAGCUCCCCAGACAAGACAGAUCCUUAAGCAGCACCUCCCAUGCUCCUAGAGCCCAGGGACUCUCCUCCAAAGCAGCAAUACUCCAAACGCAUGUGCCACAGCACCUGGCCUGCACAGAGCCAAGGUGCCACAGCACUUUUAAAUGCAAAAAAUAAAACAAAAAAACAACCCCUCACACAACAUUUUUGCCCCCAAAACCCCAUCCGACCCACCCCCCAUCCAUUCUUCUUGGCCGGUUUUUUACUCCAACAACAGGGAGACUCCUGUCAGCCACAGCUCUCCCAGCUGCCCAAUCUUUUCUCUCUCCCCAGAGGUCCAUUUUUUUUUUGCCUCGCAUGAGCGAGAGCCUUGGGCCGUUCACCCGGGGAGGUGCGUCGUGUUGUGGGUUUUUUAUGUCACCUGCUUUUCAGGCCACUCCUCCCACAAGAAGCUGGACUUGUCGGGGUCCGGCGCUGUGUAAAUAGGACUCCACAGGAUCUGGCCUCCCCGCUGCUGGUUUUUCUCUUCCCCUCUUUGAUACUUGCUGCUGUUUGGGGUCCCGGGUGUGCCGCGGUGCCGAUCACUCCUGCCUGCGGUGGCCCCCCCAGUAGCCGGACAAUUUCUCACCUGGGGCCACGGUGCCAAGUCCAGCCGUGGUCCGCUCUCCUGUGCCAAGCCUACACCGAGCCUCGGCUGUGCCAAACAACGGAGCCCGUGGGGAUGGUCCAUCCAGCCUCCUGCCCCUGCCCGGGGAUGUCCCCAGUGCCCCUGGGCAGCGUUUGCCUGCACCUGCUGCCCACAGGGCCCAGCCAGCAGGAGGAGGGGGGAAAGCCCAGGGUGGAGCUUUCUUUUAUCAGAUGUGUUGAGUUUGCAUUGCUGCUUUUAUUUUUUAAAUACAUAUAUAUAGAGCUCAUUAGAUAACUUCGUAAAGGUUUUUCUCUGCCUGUAUUGGGGAUACUGGCCUGACGCACCCAGGCUUUUUUUGAAAGGGGGAUGAUUCAGCCACAC